AGCUGAUAAGAACUAGUAUAAAACCAAUUGAAAGGGUUGCCCAAUUUCGACGAAUUCCAAUUGGACGUCUCACGAACUGGGCGAACCAUCAUAAGAGCACAUUUCAGAUGUGGCCAUUGUAAUUGCAUCACGGGCUAAAGUGCUGUUCCGAUUCUUCACAGAGCGGAGAUUCAACGAGUCGAGGUCUUACAAGUUUGUUAACAAAUUCGAGUUGAUUUAAAGUCGAGUGACAGUUUAAGUUAAACGUGUCGUUGUUGUAACAUAAAAUAAAUUAAAUUUCGCAAAGAAACCAUGUUGACAGCCGCUCGAUUUGCUUCACGCCUGGCGACAGGAGGCUCCGGGGACUUUGUCGCCCGCAGAGCGUUCUCUGGCAUCCUACAAAAUCACGCUGCCCCGUCGUUAGCUGCAUACCAGACAAAACAUGGACAAAUCAGACACAAAUCUGAAGGAGUCAAAGGUGCCGUAAUUGGCAUCGAUUUGGGCACUACAAAUUCAUGUGUUGCUGUAAUGGAAGGAAAACAGGCUCGUGUCAUUGAGAAUUCUGAAGGUUCCCGUACAACACCUUCAGUGGUUGCAUUUACAAAGGAUGGCGAACGUCUCGUUGGUAUGCCAGCUAAACGUCAGGCUGUAACAAACUCAGAAAACACAUUCUACGCUACCAAACGUCUGAUUGGUAGACGUUUUGACGAUGCAGAAAUUAAGAAGGACUUGAAAAAUCUUUCAUACAAGGUGGUCCGUGCUUCAAAUGGUGAUGCAUGGGUGCAAGGAUCAGAUGGAAAAGUCUAUUCUCCAUCACAAAUUGGAGCAUUCGUGCUUGUCAAAAUGAAGGAGACAGCGGAAAGUUUCCUGAAUACACCGAUUAAAAAUGCCGUUGUUACGGUUCCAGCUUAUUUCAAUGACUCACAACGUCAGGCCACAAAGGAUGCUGGACAAAUUUCUGGCUUGAACGUGUUGCGUGUCAUAAACGAACCCACUGCUGCUGCCUUGGCGUACGGUAUGGAUAAGACUGAAGAUAAAAUUAUUGCCGUCUACGACUUGGGUGGUGGCACUUUCGAUAUCUCCAUCUUGGAAAUCCAAAAAGGCGUUUUCGAAGUAAAAUCAACUAAUGGUGACACUCUGCUCGGUGGUGAAGAUUUUGACAAUGUCCUUGUUAAUUUCUUGGUAAGUGAAUUCAAGAAAGAACAGGGCAUCGACGUCACCAAAGAUCCCAUGGCAAUGCAACGUCUCAAGGAGGCGGCCGAGAAAGCCAAAAUUGAAUUGUCAUCAUCUCUGCAAACGGAUAUUAACUUGCCAUACUUGACAAUGGAUGCCUCAGGCCCAAAACACAUGAAUCUGAAAAUGUCUCGAUCGAAAUUGGAAAGCCUAGUAGCCGAUUUGAUCAAGCGAACCAUUGCGCCGUGCCAGAAAGCUCUGUCCGAUGCAGAAGUAUCGAAGUCAGACAUUGGUGAGGUUUUGUUGGUCGGUGGCAUGACUCGUAUGCCAAAGGUGCAACAGACUGUUCAGGAUAUCUUCGGCCGUCAACCAUCACGUUCAGUCAAUCCAGAUGAAGCCGUAGCUGUGGGAGCAGCUGUUCAGGGUGGUGUAUUAGCUGGAGACGUUACCGACGUUCUUCUUCUCGAUGUUACCCCACUGUCGCUUGGCAUUGAAACACUUGGCGGAGUCUUCACAAGGUUAAUCACCCGUAACACAACCAUUCCAACAAAGAAAUCUCAAGUCUUCUCAACCGCCGCUGAUGGCCAGACUCAAGUAGAAAUUAAAGUACACCAAGGUGAACGUGAAAUGGCAGCUGACAAUAAACUUUUGGGAGCAUUCACACUUGUCGGAAUCCCACCAGCCCCACGUGGCGUUCCACAAAUCGAGGUUGUAUUCGAUAUUGACGCAAACGGAAUUGUACAUGUAUCAGCAAAGGACAAGGGAACAGGCAAAGAACAACAAAUUGUUAUUCAAUCAAGUGGCGGUUUGAGUAAGGAUGAAAUUGAGAAUAUGGUCAAGAAAGCCGAACAAUACGCAGCUGCCGAUAAGUUGAAGAAGGAGCGCGUGGAAGUUGUCAACCAGGCCGAAAGUAUCAUGCACGACACAGAAGCAAAGAUGGAAGAAUUCAAAGAUCAAUUGCCCAAAGAAGAAUGUGAUAAACUGCGAGAGGAAAUCACAAACGUACGUAAUAAGCUAACAGAUAAGGAGAACGUAGAUCCAGAAGAAGUUAGGAAAGCAACAACCGCAUUGCAACAAUCUUCCCUUAAACUGUUCGAAAUGGCAUACAAAAAGAUGGCAUCAGAGCGAGAAUCCAGCGGCACGAGUAGCAAUACACAGGAGGGCGAAGGCGAGAAGAAAGAAGAGCAAAAGAACUAAAUAAUUAGCUGUUAGUUUAGACAACCUAUCGAAUUCUAAACAUUAUAAUUUAAAAGAAAAUUAAUGCGAAUUAAUUUUAAUCCCCUUCAUAUAAAAUUGGCGGUUCCAACCUUGUCUUGCACAUGCAUCAACGAAAGCGAAAUGAGGAAACAGCAAUUUCUUCCCAGUCAAAUUGUUUUCUUCCGCAAGUCUCUUUGGUUGAUUUUUGUUUUAUAGAAGUCAAAAUACGCGAGUUGCCUCCUCCAUUAGAAAACGGUUUAAUAUUUGUCCCAAACUGUACUUGGAAGCGUGGUCAAAUAUAGCGAAAUUGAGGUGAAUUUGUUUCUGUUCUGUUUAAUAUUGAAACGAAUUGUAUAGUUGUACCUGAUUGAUCUUUUAGUUAUAUUAAACAGGAUUGGAAUGUAUAUAUGAAAGUAUUUGCGAGAUUUCGUGAGGAAGAUAAUUUGACUGGGUUGAGAUUUUCCGGGCUUGACUUAGUAUCUCGUCUUGUUAUUUUCCAAAUGAAAAAUUGUGCGACAUUAUUAGUUGAUUGCUCCUUUUUUGUUCUUUGUAUGUCAAAGAAUUCUUUUCAGUUAUUGUCAUUUAUGAAUUAGUACCCGGGGUCGAUCGUGUAAAAUUCGAAAAUUUUGCUGCUUCACCCACUAAACUGUUUGUGAGAGAUUGUGCAACUUGUAAAUUUCAGAUAAGAUUAUAUAAUAGAUAUUAGUUUUAAUUUAAGUGGUUUUUAUUGAAUUUCAUUAAAAUACCAUUGUUUCGAAAAAUGGA